GACGAGGCCGUAGCUUUCUUGUCUGCUGAUUACUUGCACUUCUAGGCGCGCUUCAUCAUCAGAAACAAGAGAUUAAUCCCGCCAUGCCCCGCGCGCUUUAUCCUCGCGUGUAAUCUUCUCAGCCGGAUAAACCCCAUUCUGGAUUUGUGGACUAGUGUUUUCUUAAUCAAUUAAUCCAGUCUAAACGUUCUACGGUGGUUUCGUACCCCUGACUUCUGAAUGACGAGGUUCUACUGCCCGACUUGUGGUGAAUCCCACGGAGAGUGUCUGUGUCCUAAAUACUGGCAAGGAGAAGCUUAUCACAGCCAAGGUGAAGGUCGAGCACACGCGGCCAUCUUUCCUCACUCACAGCACGUGUUGCAUCACAGUCUGGAUCACGUGAUCGACCCUCAGCAGAUCCACAACUCCUCCCACCAGCUGAGUGACGUCGUGUCCCCGCCCACACACGACUCACGCGCCAUGGCCAGCAUGGCCUACCCACCUACGUCACAUGGCCAUGCGCACGUGCACGGCCAUGGCCUGGGCCACAGCCACUCCCCCAAGCCCGGCCCCUACAGCGUCAACGGCCUGUCCCUGAGCACACCCAACGUGGACCUGCUGCACCCGGCCAUGGGCUACCAAAACGACAUGUUCUCUCCAUGGGCGGCAGAACUUGAUUCCAACCCGCGCAAACAGCGCCGUGAGAGAACGACCUUCACCCGCUCCCAGCUCGAUAUCCUGGAGAACCUGUUCUCAAAGACCCGCUACCCCGACAUCUUCAUGCGCGAGGAGGUGGCGCUCAAGAUCAACUUGCCCGAGUCACGUGUCCAGGUCUGGUUCAAGAACCGACGCGCCAAGUGCCGCCAACAGGCCAAGGCCGCUGACCAGAAAAAGAGCACCAACAGCGGGACAGCAGCCAACAGCAACAGCAACAGCAGCUCGGCCCAGAAUGGCGGCACCACCAGCACCCCGCCCCCCAAGAAGGAGCUGAAGGCCUCCCCUCCCCCCGCCUCCGUCUCCCCAAUAGACUACAAGCCGCCCGCCCCCUCCCCGCUCCUGCACCCCGUGACGCCGAGUCAGACGCGGAGGGACAGCGCGGAUGUCUGGAACCCUGCCAACCCGAUGUUCCAGCCCGACCUGAGCAGCUGCAUGCAACGCCCGCACUACGCUCUCAGCAACGGUCAAGCUCAGUACGGGCAGCAGAACUACAACAGCUACCACCACUACGGCAGCAGCAUGGACUCACCCUACUCGCUGCCCGGCAUGCACGUCAUGCCCGGCUCCCACCAGAUGAGUAACGUCACGUCACAGCACUACCAGAUGUCCGGCUACGGCGCCCUGCCCUCGGCCAACACGCUGCCCCGCCCCACCACACAGCCGCACGCCGAGUGUGCUGACUAUAAGGACUACGUGCGCUUGUUUUAAAGCUGACCCCUGACCCCGCUAAACCAUACCUCAGUUCAAACCGACCCAUGACCCCGAUGUUAGAUUCAUCGGUAUCAGCUGGGAGGACAGCCUACAGCCGGCUGGGAGGACAGCCUACAGCCGGCCGGGAGUUUAUCUGGAUACUUGGUGGACUCUAGAACCAGUGGACUGCGCAUGUCAGGGCGGAAGUGUCCAGACGAUGACAUCUCAGUAGAUAUGCAAAUCUCGUGUGUACAAAAUGGUUACACGUCAUUGUUGAAGUCACGUGAUCCAUCUUCGAAUGACGUGACAAGAUAUUUGUGUCGUCUUCAUCCACUUUUCUAGGAAAUUUUUGAGUCGCUAUUUUUACCGUUUUUAAUAUUUGAGAUCAACCUUUCUUCCUGAAGUUUUGACAAGGCGCUUGUUCUUCGCUAUUCAAUGUAACUACAAGGUCAUUCUUGUUACCACAAGGUCAUCCUAACACAGUGGCGUCGGGUGACGCAGCCCACCUUGUGACGCUACUGCUCCAGCUUCCUACACUUGCAAUGUUGUUGUCAUCCGUUUUACAUUCCAUUCCCAUCUUCCUAAGUUGGACAACUUCCAAUGUGUUGCAGCAGAUUCUGGCUGGUUCUGGAGACAGUCUCCAGACGUUUUAUGCCACGUGCCAAACGCUUCAGUUCCUUGAACACUUUUUAAAAUACUCAAAUAGCUGGGCCAUCACACUAUUUAGCUCAGCCAUCACAGACAUUUAGCUCAACCAUCACAGACAUUUAGCUCAACCAUCCCAGACUUUUAGCUCAGCCAUCAUUGAUAAGGCGGCUGUCUAUGACCUAUUUAUACGUUUAAGUGCAACACCGGAAGUGGACUAUGAUUAUGUUGCCCACGUGUUGAACUGACUGACCAAUAAGUUUUUUACACCGGAAGUGGCCGAAUCGACGGGUAUAUUCUUAAAGCGGAAGUGUGGCCACAUGACCUUAUAAUCUAUUUUUGGAGUGGCCAAUAUUUUAUGUCGUGGGCGGGACCACUUCUAUCAGCUAGACAUUGGUAGCCACUGCUACUGGUAGCCACUGACUCGACAGAGAUUUGAGAAAUGUGCAAUAUUUGUUUAAUUUAACAUACGAUUAUCGGCUAAUGAGCAUAUGGGGGGGGGGGCAUAACAGCUGUAUGUAUAUCCAUAUGUGGGCUAUCCCAGCUGUAUGUACAUCUAUAUGGGGGGGGGGGUCAUUGUGCGGAUUAAAUGUGUUGUUGUCAGCACGGUGGUAAAGGAUGGUGUGGGUGUAGGUGAUGUCGAAUGAUGAUGUCGCUGAUGAUGUAUAUUGAUGAUGUCGCUGAUGAUGUAGAUUGAUGAUGUAGAUUGAUGAUGUCAAUUGAUGAUGUCGCAGAUGAUGUAGAUUGAUGAUGUCGAUUGAUGAUGUCGAUUGAUGUUGUAGAUUGAUGAUGUAGAUUGAUGAUGUCGGUUCAUGAUGUAGAUUGAUGAUGUAGAUUGAUGAUGUAGAUUGAUGAUGUAAUGAUGUCAAUUGAUGAUGUAGAUUGAUGAUGUCGCUGAUGAUGUAGAUUGAUGAAGUCAAUGUUGCCAGAUAGCUAUAUUGUAACAUAUGUAACAUACGUGUCGGUAAAAAUGUAGGUCAUAUUCUUUCUAUGGGUGAGGGUCGGGUAAUAUUGAGGGGGGGAGGGGGUAAUGCAGAUAUUCUAUUUUUGGCCUACCGGAGCCAUGAUUGAAUUGACGUGACCUACCGGAGACGUGACCUACCGGAGCCAUGAUUGAACUGACGUGACCUACCGGAGACGUGACCUACCGGAGCCAUGAUUGAACUGACGUGACCUACCGGAGCCAUGAUUGAACUGACGUGACCUAUCGGAGCCAUGAUUGAACUGACGUGACCUGCCGGAGACGUGACCUACCGGAGCCAUGAUUGAACUGACGUGACCUGCCGGAGCCAUGAUUGAACUGACGUGACCUACCGGAGCCAUGAUUGAACUGACGUGACCUACCGAAGACGUGACCUACCGGAGCCAUGAUUAAACUGACGUGACCUACCGGAGCCAUGAUUGAACUGACGUGACCUACCGGAGACGUGACCUACCGGAGCCAUGAUUGAACUGACGUGACCAUCAUCACUAUAGCACCAAUGUGAGCCGUCGAGUGAGAGCUAUACAUGUUUACAUGUGUGUCAAAUAAAAAUUAUAAUUGUACAAAUAAAAUGUGAA